GGUCUGACCCUAGAACAAGUAGAAAUGUUUGUUAGUUUGUACGAAGAACAUAAGAUGUCUGACAGCAUUCAUCCUGCGGCAAGUGAAACUGUGUUUGAUGACAUUGGUAUAGCCAUAAAUCAUAAAUUGAAAGUGCUAUUUGAAUCCGGCCAACCCGUUGGAACGUUGUUGGUGGACUUAAUGAGCGUUGCUGCAGAACGAAAUACGGCGGUUAGGAAAAAUGAAUUGAGAUUAAGUCUUUGCGAGAUUAUAACUGCCAUAAAAGAAUUCAUUGAGAUCGACGUUGACGACAACGGUGUACUGUCCCCUGCUGAGUAUGCCAACUUCGUGGAGAUGGCAUACAUUUUGCUGGGAAAGUCGGCAGAAACUAACGAAAAAGUGAAAUAUUAUUUAAUGAAAUUCGACGGUAUUAAUUCAACAAGCGCUGCGGAAUACAUGGUAGUUGUAUUUUUCAUGGACAUAGAAUAUAGCCAAGACCGUCUCGAGACCACUCAACUUUAACACAGUUGAAGAUAGAAUGCACACAUUUUUACAA